CUGACACGUCCCUUGCCCUGGACAGGGCUGCUGCUGCAGGAGGUGACCAUGGCAGGGCUGCAUGAGCUGCGCUUCACCGAGGAGAAGCCGCUGCUGCGGGGCCAGGACACUGAGCUGGAGAACUCGGAUGUCUUCCUCUUCACUGUGGACACGGACUGGAAGGAACAUGACAUCGAGACCCCCUACGGGCUCCUGCAUGUGGUCAUCCGGGGCUCACCCAAGGGGAAUCGCCCGGCCAUCCUGACGUACCAUGAUGUGGGCCUCAACCACAAGCUUUGCUUCAACACGUUCUUCAACUAUGAGGACAUGCAGGAGAUCACGAAGCACUUUGUGGUGUGCCACGUGGAUGCGCCGGGCCAGCAGGCAGGAGCCUCGCAGUUCCCUCAGGGGUACCAGUACCCAUCCAUGGACCAGCUGGCUGCCAUGCUACCCAGCGUGGUGCAGCAUUUCGGGUUCAAGUAUGUGAUUGGGAUCGGUGUUGGGGCAGGAGCCUACGUGCUGGCCAAGUUUGCGCUCAUCUUUCCUGACCUGGUUGAAGGACUGGUUCUCAUGAACAUCGACCCCAACGGCAAAGGCUGGAUUGACUGGGCAGCUGCAAAGCUCUCUGGCCUCACCAGCACACUGCCAGACCCCAUCCUGUCCCACUUGUUCAGCCAGGAAGAGCUGGUGAACAACACGGAGCUGGUGCAGAGUUACCGGCAGCAGAUUGGCAGUGUGGUGAACCAGUUCAACCUCCAGCUCUUCCUCAACAUGUACAAUAGCCGCAGGGACCUGGACAUCAACCGGCCUGGGACCGUGCCCAACGCCAAGACACUGCGCUGCCCCGUGAUGUUGGUGGUGGGAGACAAUGCGCCUGCUGAAGAGGGGGUGGUGGAGUGUAACUCCAAGCUGGAUCCCACCAUCACCACCUUCCUGAAGAUGGCUGACUCCGGUGGGCUGCCCCAGGUCACACAG